AUGAACGACAUCACGUCCUUUCAAUCCCCGUCUCAACUCUCCUCCGAUGGCGGCCACUCGUCGUCAUCAACCCUCAAGUCCCCCUCACCUAUGGACUCCUACGCUAUCUACUCACCUGUCUCGCCUAUCACCAAAUCUUUCACCUUUGCUUCUGAGAAAUACAACCAGACCCCAGAGCACCACCGGAUGAAGGAGGCGCUGUUCCCGAAGGGUGUGAAAACAAGAGUAGCCAACGAGCCGCUUCAUGAAGAGCCUUCAGACUUUGAGGAUGUCACAACUGACAUGGAAGAGCAGACUGAGCAGAAGGAGCUCAUCGAUGCCGACUCGGCCAAAGAGCAGAUCGCUGGCGACAAGGUCACUCACAAUGCGCGGAUCAUCGCCGUCGACUUUGACGAUGUCUGCUCGCAUUACAUCCCCACGCUCGUCGCGGAGCACAAUGCCAAAUUCGGGACGAACUUGACACCGGACGAUAUGAAGACCUACGUCUUCUGGCAGAACAAGGGCUGGGGUACACCGGCAGAGACCAUCCGCAAGCUGGACCUGCUCGACGCCGCCCUCCCCCAGGUCGCUCCGGUACCCGGUUUCGCGGACGCUCUCAAAGCCCUCAAAGCUCUCGGCCACCCUCUCCACAUCGUCACCGCUCGGCCCGAGCGAUUCAAGGCGGAUAUCGAGGCCUGGCUCAACAUGCACGGGAUCUCGGUGGGAUCAGGCCCGGAUGAUGUGUUGGCGGCGAUCUGGUGCUGCUCAUCGUACGGUAAAGAGCCAAUCCCGGAGCUCAGAGAGACGGCAAGCGGGUUGGAGCAGGAGAGGGCCUUGAAUGAACGGUUGGUGGAGGUGUCGGGGAGGGGUAAGAGCGGGAUGACCAAGCUCAAGGUCUUGCGCGCCAUCAAGGCCGCGCUUUUCAUUGACGACAACCACGGCAAUCUUGAACCCGUCGUCGAAUCGGACCCGCCCAUUCCGUGCCUACUCUUCGGCGAUUACGCCUGGAAUCGCGCUCGUUCGGGCGUAGCCACGCCAGGCGAGCUCAUGCCAUACGACGAGCGCGUCAAAGCUGGCCUGGAGAUCACGGUCGAGGACAUCGAGCUGGGACUGUAUCUGCACAGGGUGAGGGGAUGGGCUGAUGUGGUCCAGUGGGUGAAGCGCUGGGACCUGGAGGCGGCGGAGGAUCAGGAUGGGACCAGCGCGAUUGCCUGA